GAGCAGGAAGGAAAUCUAGUACAACCUAUUUUUUCUUAGUAUUUGCAUCUCAUAACAUACAAAUCACAUUACUGAAAACAAAUCUUCAACUACACUAAAAACAUAGUAUCCCCCUCUUUUUGAGCAUUUCAGCGCUUUAAACAACAUCUGAAAUGCUGGAUUCAUGUUUAUUUACUGAAAGCUUGUACAAAAAUGUGUAUAGAUUAACUUUAGAUUCAAAUAUGGUUUCAUGUUGUUUAAUCUGUGGUUUUAAUGUAUGGGUAUUUAAUUGUAUAUUCAGUGUUGGUAUAUUAAGAUGGGAGCGAUGUAAUUUCUUUGAUUUUAUGGAUGAAAAUCUGAACAUUGAACCUACCACUACUUUUUAUUCUAACAUACAUUUUACUUAUUUGACCUGCAAUUUAAAUUUUUCAUUUUUAGUGUGACUUCCUUUUCUUCACACAGGAACUUUUUCUCCCACCCCAACAGCUGAGUUCCUGCGAAGCCCCCCAUGAGGUCCGCGACCCGCAGGUUGAGAACCACUGCAGCAUCCUCGGCCUGUCUCUGUCCAUGGUGCUGAAAUCACACCCGUCAAAUCACGGUGUGUGGAGUCCCAAAAUAAACAACUUGAUCUUGGUUUGCAGCAAAAUAAUAAUCCAAUCACAUUUAGUUUUUUAUUCAUUGAUUUAUUUUCUAACGAGCCAUUUAAGUAUUGACUUUUCCUUUGUACUCCCACGAGGUCUGUAUUGAUCCUCUCUUCAGAGUCUACGUACAGCGCCGGUGAGGGCUGGUCCCUCCAAUCAGCUGUGAUGCUGACUCUGUCGUACGAUGUUCUCGCGUGUUCUGGUCACGAUGGGCUUGUUUUCAUCAUCGCUUCCUCAGUGCAGCCGUCCACAGCAGCUUGAUGUCUCAGUCGGUGGGCGAGGAGGACGAAAAAAAGUGCGCGUGUCGAAUAUGGACUGCGCACUUCCUCCGCGAGCUUUCAUCCUAUCGAGCGAUUUGAAAACAUCCUAAUGAUGCCCGACGCAGAUGUCGCAGCAGCAGCAGCAAGGAGCGGUUUUGCCAGAAGACGGCGGUGCCAUGCGUCGUGGUGGUUUUGCAUUUUUACGCAGCUAUCAUCCAGCCUCUUCCUCCUCUAAUCUAACGGCGUCACAUGCAGCUGAAAGACGCUUUAACGCUCCAGAUAAAAUGUCUCUGGGUGAAUGCCGCAGCCUACAGGAUUUGGACCAGCACUGGAGGCCAGCAUGCCCGGAUCGGAGGACGUUUUUAUAACGCUUGCGAAUCGUAUUUCUUAAAUUUUGGUACUUAACAUCUUUUUAAAGACUCGGCCAUGGCUGAUGAGAGCAGCCUGUCCAGGCAGAUAGAGAGCGUGGAGAGGAGCAUGGUGUUUCUCAGGCAGGAGCACCUCACUCUGCUCCACGGUCUCCACCUGGAGAUCCUGUCCCUGCAGAAACGAUGUUCAGAGUUGACGAGUGAGCUGAAGGUGAAGCCUCCAGGCAGAAGCCAAAUAGAGUUACAGGAGGAAGAGGAGCUCCUGGAGACCCAUUGUCGGGAUUUGGAGAACCGCCUGGCAGAGCAGGAGUGCACCUUGGGAGAGAUUCGUAAGGAGCUAAGUCACAAAGGGGCUUUGGUGGGAGCCCUCAGAGCCAAUCUCAAAGAGAAGGAGCGCCACUUCCUGGAGGAGCUCAAACGCCGCAGCCACUGUUCCACCAUCCUCAACACGGAGCUGCAGAAACAAACAGAGGCGGCGGCGUACCUCUCCUUCCAGCUGCACGCUGCCAGGCAGAAACUGCACCAGCAACGGAUGCAGCAGCGGCAGGGACUCCUCGCCAGAGCCAGCAGUCAGGCGGCCCAGCACGGUGCCGAGCAGAACUCGGUUUCUCAGCAGAUGCCGUCAGGAGCCUCCCCUUCCUCUCCCGUGGUGAAACCCAAGCGUAAGAGCGCCAGGGCGUCUUCGAGAGUAGAGCGUGCCCGGGAGUGCGUGCCCAUAGAGAAAGUGAUGGGCCCUGCGGAGCCCACGGCCAUGCCGGACCCUGCGCUCUUCCUUCACCCCCGGAGGCACAGAGCUCGCUCCAGGCACACUGUGGCACAAAGACAACCUCCGCUGGGUCUAGAGAGGGAGGAGGAAGAGGAAGAGGACGGGGGUGGGGAGGGGCCGGUGGAGCCCCAGGAUGAAGCUGCCAGACUGGUGUCUUCAGCUGCAGUGCCCCCUGCUGCUGAGACAAAGGCAGAUUAGCAACUACUGUGACCUGUGCUUUUACCUACAGUGUGUUCACUAUAUCUCCUUCUGACUGUUAAUGCUGUUAACUGUUGUUCUGCACCUUGACUGAAUUGAUACUGAGACUGGUUUUAGCUAUUGAAUUAUAUCACACUUACCAUAGAAACUUUUUUAACAUGGACUUUGAUAUAACCUUAAACAACUUGCAAGGCAAAACUCAGUAAGUGUCACUUUAAGUCAGACUUACAUUAAAUUAGAAUGAUCUGUUUACACUGGUGUCACAUGCUCUAUAUACUGUGGGGCCUUAAUUUCAAAGCAACCCCUUUGAGAUUCAUGGUGAGGGUACGUUUGACUCUGGUAGCCGCCAUCUUAGGUGGACUACAGCCCAGCUGUGUGGCCCGACCAACUGUGACCUUUCAAGGCCAACCAUAAAUCACUCAGUGUGGCCAAAUGUUUGUGUGGCCCGCUGAAAAUAUCUGACAUGGUGGGCACCUCCUGUGUGAGUCCUCCAUGUAGAACAAUAUUGAUUGGAAGGAAUGAUAUGUUUCCCUCACUACAGUUACUUUAUUUUUGUUUUGAUUUUUUUAAUCCAUGACCACUGAACACCACAGAAUAUACUUUCUGAUUGACGCCAACAACAGGAAACUGUAUUUAAGGAGAAAACAGAUUGAAACACAGUUUUAAAUCACAGUCAGUAAUGAUUGUGAAGCAACAAUAGACCUUUUUCACAGCAGACAGGAGACACGCAGGUGUUAGUAAUGACAGUAACAAUGGCUUCAUUCCAUUUAGGUGUCUCAGUCGGUCUUGUUAGUGAGCCAGGAUGCACAUGUUGUUAGUAAUACCUGCGUGUUUCAAGUUAAGUCGAACACAGUUGUCUCAAAUCGACUACUUCAGUUAGUACACUUGCAUGUAGUGGUGGUGUGGUCUUAAAUUGAACACGGCUGCCGUGCACUCACAGGAAAUGACGAUCACAAUAUGUGACCACGAUCGUCGCUCGCCAAAAUGUCCGCCAACUAAUUUGCUCACUUGACUUAAAAGUGAUUGUUUUACUCUCUCCUGCCCUCUGUCGUCUUUCCUCGGCUGCCGUUUUCACAAGUUUGAAAAUACGUUGGUGAUCCCUCCCCCUUCUGCUGUGUAGCCAAGAUGGCGACUAUUGAGGGUGAGAAGUAACCAUCAUCUCAACUUUUGACCAUUUUGAGUGCAGUGUUUGGAUACUUGUCUGUGUGAACGCACUCACACACUCAAAACAGGAAGUGUGAGUGUGGGAGUACGCGAAUUGAGACGCAGCAAUAAUGUCUGAUGUGCAAAAGGGCUAUAAACUAAACAUAGUUUUAACUGGCAAGACACAAGCAUUAAAAAAUGGAUCAUGAUUUUACCACAGACGACCUUUACUUCUUUAGGAAACAUCCUUAAUAUAAUGUACUUAAAGGUGAUGUCUUUUUACUUACAUUAUUCUUAUUGUUAUUAUUAUUAUUUCAAACCCCAGGCACAUUGUAAAAUUAAAACAUUUUUAAGCAUCAAAAACAGGAAAUGCACAUCAUACAUAUCACACAUAAUACACACACACACGUUUUCACUCUCAUAACAUGUUUUUGUAAUUAUCCUUCAGUUCAGUUUUAUAUCAGUUGUAAACUGUUUCUUCAAAACAAAAACUAAAUUUGCACCGUCUGCGUUUUUAUCAGUGCCUGUCUUUGGUGGACAAGAGGUCAGUCAACGAAAGAGUUGGCCAUGUGCAAACUUUGCCUCCUGGGCUCAACAACACAACAUUUACCCUGUGUGUUUUACUAAAAAGACACACACUGAGGCAUGAGUGUGCAGCUGCUCCUCUGCAUAGUGACUGCUUGGUAUAAACAGGCCACGUUCAGGUGAUAAUCAACUCUGACUCGUUGGACCAUGAGCUUCACUCAGGUGUGGUUUGUGUACUAAACACACACGCACACGCAAACACAGACGACUACUUCUUCAACUCACUCGUGUUUGAGGUUGUUUUCGUUUGGGUGGGGGGUGGGGUGGGGUGGGUUUAUUUUCACCUCAGGAAAAAUGGACAAACAGGAACACAGUUGUAGGUUUUGGUGUGGUUUUCAACUGAAGCACGGUCUGAUUUCAAUUUGUUUCAUUUUUGUUCUACACAAAUUCCCAAAGUAGCUGUGUCGAAACGCACGCCAAGAAAAUAGCUGUGUAAAUGACAAGAAGGCAGGCUCAGUCGAAAAAUAUUUGAGUGUGUGUGUGUCUCUCCUGUGUUAUCAAAACACAUGCACACGGAGACCUCUAGUGUAACAAUGAACAAAUAGCCUCUUGGAGGGAAAAAAGCGAACGAAGGAAGAUUAAAUUAACACUUUGAAUGGUUGUAUUUUAAUCUAGGACAUACUCUUUCUGUUACUGCUUAUAUGUAUCAGUGCCGAUUAUGAUUUCACUGUCGUCCGAUCAAUACCCCAAUGUAAUUACUGCCUUAUAAUAGAGGAUGUGAGAAAUAACAGGAGUCAGAACAAAGUGUGGAAACAUCAGACAUUUCUUUACUCAAGUCUUAUGUCUUUCUGUUUCAGCAACACUUUUAUAAGAUGCUGUGAGGGUUUUGCAUAUAAAGGUUUAACUAUGUGUAAUGUGGCACUUCAGUUAUUUUUCAUUCAGAAAUAUUUUGCCGGGAGUUGGUUGAUACUUGAGCCACGACUUAACUGAACAUCAGUAACUGCAGUCGCUAUCUCUGACACGAGCCUUCCUGUGAAACUGAAUUUAAUUGUGAUUAGUUGCUGUGAGGCUUUUCUCGCCCUCUGCAGCUUCUGGUUAGAGGUUUAGGAUCAUGUUUUAGAAGUAAGUGUUCAAUAAAGCAAUAUAUCAAUAUAUUUAUAUAUUAUUGGUAGGUCAUGUCAACUGGUUUAAGUACACUCGAGGUGUUGAAAAUAAGAUUUUACGAUUGUUUAACUUUGUAUUUUGUAAUUGUUGAGCUCAGUAUGUUUUGCUUAAUAUUUUUCUGAAUUGUCUAACAGAUUGUUUGAUUGAUUUCCAAAGGUUCUGUUGAUUGUCACUGAAUAUGUACAUGAUUAAUUGUUAUGUUACAGUUUAUAGUAGGCAUAUCCAAGUAGGGGAACCAAGGAUGUGCUGUAUGUGAAGCAGAUGGGCAUAUUAUUAUGCCACAUGAGACUGUCUGGGUGAAGAACUUGUCUUCUUUUUUUCUUUUUUUAGCAAAGAUGCAAAUGUGACGAGGGUUUUUAUUUCACCUCUCAGCUGGUAAGCCAUUAGUGUAACUGUGUGCACUAUUCCUCCUUAAGUUUUAUGAGACAGUAGGGGAUAAAAGUACGAAGCUGUGUUGUUUAAAACAUUUUUUUCCUCAACAGGAACCCUGAACUUAGACUGUUAGACUUCAUGACUUCCACUUGUCAUCCAAACGAAGCAGCAGGUAGAUUAAUCUCUUCAUCCACCCUUCAUAAUCAGUUUAACACCAUAUUAAAUCAUCAUUUCACAUUUUAAAUAAUCUGUGCUUUGGUAUAAUGCAUAAUGCAACAUCAUGGAUAAAUAAUCAAACACUGGCUGCUGUAUGUGUCUUUGCUCCAGUGUGUACAACUCAGAGACUGACGACUUGUUUGUCUGCUUUGAGGGAAAACGCUAAUGAGCCAAAGAGGCCCACCACUAAAAUUAACAUGGAGACGAGUGGUAUGAUGCCUUAAUGAAGAUGUCUCUUCAUGAAUAUUUCAGUUAAAGGGAGAAAAUCUUAACCCACUGCCUAAUUUUUUUCCUUAUUUGCAGACCAUAUCUAGCAUCACUCAAACAUAGCAAAGCCAGUGGAUAAUUUACUCACACCCACUGAGAAUGUCUUCCAUCUUUCUGAACGCCUAUAUAAUAAUAAUAACACUAAUCCUCAUAAUAAUAAUUAUUAUAAUGCUAACAAAUGUCAGCAGCAGAAUCAUCUCUGUCCUUUAGUCUUGUCCUGGUUGAGGUCAAUGAGUUUUAUUUUGAAUCUUACAGAAACAUUUCAGUAUGUGGCAUCAUGAAACAUCUUGUUCGACAUGUUAUGUGGUCUCUAGCAAUAACGCUGUGUGGUACCCAACGAUGAAAAGCAGAGAGGUGUUGCUCUGGGUCUUUGUAUGGUUUUUGGUCCGUGGGCGAGCAUAAGCUGUUGACUGAUUACCGCAUAUACUGUGUUAGCUUCCUAUAGUGAUCUACUAUACACAUAAUUGGAAUAAAAUGAAGGAUUGUCUA